GCUUCCCCUCAUUGAAGAAGUGAGGAAGACUCGGCGCAGCGCCUUUGCAGCAUCGCCGUCACAGCGUGAACACACAAACACACGCGUACACGCACACACACGCGCGCACAGACAGAGCGGGGGGGGGCUGCUGGUCCAAAAAAAAAAAGGGAACGCAUUUCCUCCAGAGCUGACUGCAGGCCGACGACAACAAGCUCGGCUUGUCCCGGAUUCCCUCUAGGAUCUAUUCUUCCCUGUUGGAGACCCUCUCCACCCCCCACACCCAACAGCCAUGGCAGAUGAUGCGGACAUGCGCAAUGAGCUGUCAGACAUGCAACAACGUGCUGACCAGCUCGCCGAUGAGUCACUGGAGAGCACUCGUCGUAUGUUGCAGCUGGUGGAAGAGAGCAAAGAUGCCGGCAUUAGGACUUUGGUCAUGUUGGACGAACAAGGAGAACAACUGGAGCGCAUCGAGGAGGGAAUGGACCAAAUCAAUAAGGACAUGAAGGAUGCAGAAAAGAAUUUGAACGAUCUAGGGAAAUUCUGUGGUCUUUGCUCCUGUCCAUGUAACAAGAUGAAGAGCGGUGCCAGCAAGGCCUGGGGGAACAACCAGGAUGGGGUGGUGGCCAGUCAGCCAGCCCGGGUUGUGGAUGAGCGCGAACAGAUGGCCAUCAGUGGAGGCUUCAUUCGCAGGGUAACAGAUGAUGCCCGGGAAAACGAGAUGGACGAGAACCUGGAGCAGGUGGGUGGUAUCAUUGGAAACUUGCGCCACAUGGCUGUGGACAUGGGCAACGAGAUCGACACUCAGAACCGCCAGAUCGACAGGAUCAUGGAUAAGGCUGAUUCCAACAAGACCAGGAUCGAUGAGGCCAACCAGAGGGCCACAAAGAUGCUGGGCAAACACCCUGUCCCACCCCCCCACCCAGCAUGACCCGUCCCCGGUGUACGGCGCCGCACGUCAUCAGACGCCGGACAUGCUUUCAAUAUGAUAUUGACCUUCUCGGUUUGCACACAUGCACAUAUCACCUCCCCGUCCCGUUGUAAAUGUCGUUCUGGUGUUGUUUGUCGAGCUUUUUCAAGAUGAUUGUCCUCGUAAAAUGAUCAUUUCUUAUACUCCGUACAUCAUUCUUUCCAAAGGUUGUAUAUAGUGCUGAGUUAAUGGCGCUCUGGCUCACCUGUGAAGUUUUUAUUCUCUAGACACAUAUAUAUAUAUACAUAUAUAUAUAUAUCUAAAUAUAUACAUAUAUAUAUAUAUAUAUAAAGAAUGCGAUGCAAGCUGUUUGUUCUGAUUCUUCCUUUUUUUUUUCAGUAUGUCAGUAUUGUCGAAGUGAAGCGGUUUCAUGAAGGCUAUUGUGAUGCUCCUUAUUUUCGUGUUUUGUCACACAGUAAAAGGGAGACCGAUGGCAAGUCAUGAUUAACUGAGUUGAAGAAGAUUGCAAACAACUCUUAACAAUCAUAAAAGGAAGUCGCUGGUCCAUUGUCCAUCAUUGCAAUCAUACUGAGUUUACUGUUUAGACAAUGUGCAACUAGAUUCUCUGUAGCUGUAUUAGGCAUUUGCAUUCCAAGUGAUGUGAAUUGUGCGUUCUCUGCAUGACAAAAUGGUAGAUUUUAGUCUUCUAAAUAAAACCUGUCUGAAAAAAAAUAUCUAUAAAAAAUGAUAACACGGCAGUAGCGACUUGACAAAAACGCAUGCUCAGUAUUAGGACACAGUUGAUCGUUCCAUUCUUCCCUGCAAGUUUGCAAUAGUGCCACUUUUUUCUGUCUUGAUAUAUUUACCGACUGUGACCAUCUUGUUGUAAAAUAAUGCAUAAGGGAACAAAAAAGUGAGACGAGGAUGACAAAACAAAGAUCUGUGGUCGUAUUGCAAAAAAAUAAAAAGACCUGUUUUCUAAACGAUUAUGCAGUUUCGUGGUGAGGAUGUUGAUAAAGUGCUGAAAGAGGAGGACUGGUUGUGUACUGUAACAUAGGUUUUGGAUGCUCUGAAAAAAAAAAAACAAUAAACGUUUGCAAUGUAAAGCAAAGGCGCAUAUUUCUGAGAGACCUUACUUUUAUAAAAAGACUGUACCUGUAAGUUUAUUCUCCCGUGUGGUUUGUUAUUGGUAAAAAAAAAAAAAAUAACAAUGUUCAUGAUAACUAUACACUGAAUCAAAAUAAGAAAACAAAGGGUUUUUGUUGCUUCUGUACUUUUAGAGCUAUGCAUACCAAAUCUCUGAAAUGUCCCUUAGAGUAAGGUGAUAAAAUACCCAAACCUGAAUGACACAAUAGAUUCAACUGUGAGAUUGAUGUCCUCAACGCAUGUUAUAUUAAAAAAAAAAAAACUCCCUCUCUGUAUCUUGUCAGUGUGUAAAGUGGUGGACAUUUUGUAGCUAGCUGAAUUGAUUAAAAGUAAUCAACCCUG